AUGAAGUUACGGCAUCUAUACAAAGUCGAGACCCUCGACACACGGUUCGCCUCAUCCACGGGUCAGGCAUUACCCACUGCCCAAGCAUCAAAAUGGCCGAGUCCAGAGUACUAUGCCUAUUACGUGGUCUUCAUCACCAUCGUUCCUGCUAUGAUCAAGGCAGUCUGUGAUGUAUCGGUACCCUCACAUCCGCAAUAUCAACACUACGAGCCACUGCUGGACGAUGGCUGGAUCCCAGGACGAAAGGUCGAUAACUCAGAUAGUCAAUAUGCUGGCUUUCGGGACAACAUACCUUACAUGGCCCUGCUCUUGGUACUGCAUCCACUACUUAGACGAGCAUAUGAGUACUUGACCGUCGGGAAGGAUGCCGCCUCUGCCAAUGGAACAGCACUGAAUGGGUCAGCCACCUCCGUCAGCAAGGACCCAACACAGACUGCAGAUACGAGACUUCAAUCACGAGUCACCUUCGACCUAGCUUUCGCCAUGAUCUUCCUUCUUGCACUGCACGGCGUAUCUGCAAUCAAAGUCCUGAUCAUUCUGUACCUCAACUAUCAAGUCGCUACGACAUUGCCCAGGCAGUAUGUGGCGAGCACAACCUGGAUCUUCAACAUUGCAAUUCUGUUUGCGAAUGAGCUCUGCCAUGGCUACAAGUUUUCCGAUAUAGUAGCCGUCACAUUGCCACCAACCACGACUGCCGCCGACAAAGCUAAUGUUGCUCCCGGGGAUAACUGGGGUGCUUGGAUCGACACUUAUGGUGGCCUUCUGCCUAGGUGGGAGAUCCUGUUCAACAUCACUGUUCUGCGCCUGAUUGCGUUCAACUUUGAUCACUUGUGGAUGUUAGACCGCAGAGCGAGCAGUCCCAUCGAAAAGAAGAACCUCGAUCCCGCCAACUUGCCCGAGCGCGAAAGGACUAGCACUGGCGCGAGACCCUCCGACUUCACCUUCCGCAACUACCUCGCAUAUGUUCUAUACUCGCCACUCUACCUCGCAGGUCCCAUCGUCAACUUCAACGACUACAUCGCGCAAUGCCGCUAUCCACUUCCUAGCAUAUCCCGGGACCGGAUCCUUCCAUAUGCCAUCCGCUUCAUCUUGUGCUUGCUUUGCAUGGAAGUCGUACAGCAUUGCCUCUACGCAGUGGCGAUUUCGAAAUCAAACCCGGACUGGAACCAAUACACUCCAUUCCAACUCAGCAUGCUCGGCUACUUCAACCUCCACGUCAUCUGGCUGAAGCUCCUACUACCAUGGCGAUUCUUCCGACUCUGGAGUCUGAUUGAUGGCAUCGAUCCACCCGAGAACAUGGUCCGCUGCAUGUCAGACAACUACUCGGCACUCGCUUUCUGGCGUGGCUGGCAUCGAUCGUUCAAUCGCUUCGUCGUUCGAUACAUCUACAUCCCACUUGGAGGUUCUGGCAAGUCGAAGAUUCACGGCAUCGCCAACUUCCUGGCAGUCUUCACUUUCGUGGCUCUAUGGCACGAUAUAAACCUCAAGCUACUCAUGUGGGGAUGGCUGAUCACACUGUUCGUGCUACCCGAGAUCCUGGCCACACUAGCAUUCCCUGCGAAGAAGUGGAAGAAUCGACCGAACCAGUACAGGGUCAUCUGUGGCAUCGGAGCCGUCGGUAACAUUCUCAUGAUGAUGGCAGCCAACUUGGUCGGCUUUGCUGUUGGUCUUGAUGGUCUAAAGGGCCUGGUCGAGGGCAUUGUUGGAAGCUGGGGCGGAAGAGUCUUCUUGCUUGCGGCCAUGGCGACGCUGUUUGUCGGCGUUCAAGUCAUGUUCGAGGUCCGGGAGAGUGAGAAGAGACGAGGCGUCAACCUGAAAUGUUGA